GUCGAUUACUUUUCAGUAAUAAAAGACCUUUAACCUACUAAAAUCAUUGUCACAAUUUUCAUAGGUAGCUCGCAAAUUUGUAAAUACAGUAAGAUCCAAAAGGUCAGUAUAUCUGAGCAAUAGUAAUAUUCAUUUGUGAAAUCAUACUCGUGUAGAGAGGUGUAAAUACAUGAAUAUGAAAAUAAACUUGUUGAAAAGGCACGGAUAAAGGGUUGAUGUACAAUAUUGUAAGAAUCAACGCAUAAAAACAUCAGAGGGACAAAAUACAAUUCCCCAAAAGCAAUAUGGAAUCCAAAAUUGGUGCUGAUCAGGCACAAAAUUCUGUCUAUGACAAGGAAAUCGGCAAUAAUCUGAGUACCGAUGAAUCUUCAUUUCUGGGCAACAUUCUGCGCGAAAUCCUGUACAGUCCAAUGAACUUGGCCCUAUUGGCCAUAAUAUGUUUCUUGGUCUAUAAAAUUGUUCGUGAUCGCACCGAAGUUCCCUCUGUGGGUGUAGCAAAGCCAUCUGAGCCGGAGUUACCUAAAAUUCGCCGUGACUUCACCGUUAAGGAACUGCGCCAGUACGACGGAAAUCAGCCGGAUGGUCGCGUUUUGGUUGCCGUUAAUGGAAGUGUUUACGACGUUAGCAAGGGAAGACGUUUUUAUGGGCCAGGUGGACCAUACGCUACAUUCGCCGGAAGGGAUGCCUCCCGCAACUUGGCCACAUUCAGCGUGGUUUCGAAUGACAAGGAUGAUUACGACGACUUGAGCGACUUAAGUGCCGUGGAAAUGGACUCUGUGCGCGAAUGGGAAAUGCAAUUUAAGGAAAAAUAUGAGCUGGUUGGCAAGCUUUUGCGUAAAGGCGAGGAACCGACCAAUUAUGACGAGGAUGAAGACGAUGAAAAUGUCAACAAUGAUGAUGCAGAACAAACAAACAGCUUGCGUAAACAUCUACCCAAGUCGAAAACUGAGACUGAUGACAAGAAUCAAGAGAGUCACAUUUUGCAAGGCAACAAUGCAACCAAAACCAACGCACAAGAUGAACCAAUUUCUACCGACUGUUAGCGAAUUCAGGUUUUUGUUUGGCUUUUGGAUGUGGCUGUAAUAGUUUAUUUUCGGUUAGAAACACAAAAAAAAACUAAAUAGCAUUUCCGACUCGUUUAAUGCUGCCUCUACUCCUUUAACUGAAACUGAGAACAAGACCUAAUUGGAAAACAUUUAAAGAAAACACCCUAAUUUGAGCCAUACAAAACAAGGCAUUGAAUUCAUCAUGAACAUUUAACAAGAAUUUAAAAGGUUAUACAAAGGUUUUUUUUAAUGUUAUUCUUAGAGUGCAGCCUUGACAAAAGCUAUAGUUGUUACUAUCUAUUUCACGUUGUGAUGUGAUCUUGUUCCAUAUAUUAUAGUAGUACAUUCAUACACA